AUGGAAAAAGUUGAGGCAGCUGAUAUAAGGGUGAAGUUAUAUUUGGAAUUGGCCAGUUACGAAAAGUGGGCUAGGUCGUAUGCAACAGUUCACAGCGGAUGUACUUUGACUUCAAACAUUGCAAAGUCAAUAAAUGGAGUGCUUGUAUCAACUGGAGAACUGCCUAUUUAUGACUUUCUUGAGGAAGUUCGAUUACUGUUUGCAAAAUGGAAUUGUGCAAAUAGGCAGGAGGCUUCAUAUACCUUCACAACACUCAUUGGAAAGUUUAAUGACAUACUUAGUGAAAACGAGGCUUUGUGUACCCAUAUGACAGUUGUACCAGCCACAGAAUAUGUAUAUACGGUACACGACAAACAAAAGCACUUCAUUGUUUGCAUCAAAGAAAAGAAAUGCUCAUAUAAUGCUUUUCAAAUAGAUGAGAUACCAUGUGCACAUGCUUGUCCGGUGUUAGAGAAAAAGAAUUUUGAGAAGGAGUCAUACUGUUCUGAUUUGUUUAAACCAAAAACAGUUUUGAAGACAUAUGAUGUUCCAAUCUACCCGUUGUCACACAGUGAUGACUGGAUAAUUUCAGAGAUCACACUUGCUGAAAUAGUACUGCCUCCAAAAUACAAAAGACCUCUAGGAAUACCUACAAAGAAGGAUCGUAGAAAAUCAGGCCGGGAUAUGUCUGAAAAGAAGAAUAUCAACUCAUGUGGUGGUUGUGGGGCUAAGGGUUAUAAUAGGCGCUCUUGUAGGAAAUGUCGCAAAUGA